UAAAAAGCUUGUGCGGCUCGAGAAAUUCCGGAGGAUAACGGUGAUGCUCAAGCCGCUGGUCAGUGAGGCUGCCAUCCAUGUACCAAGCACGCAUCCUCGAGAGUAUUUUUUGUUGCCGGAUUUGAGGAAGCAAGCAAGGUACUUCUGAUGAGAUAAAUACGUCGGCGACUGAUUAGGAAAAUAAGAGAGCCAAAAUGGGUAUCAAGGAAGAAGAUGAACCUCAAAAAAACUGUACGAUUGGUGAUUUUUACAAUAGCUUGCAAUUAAAAAUAAUCUCUUGCAAUGAAGAGGACCAAUUGUGCCACAUUACAUCACGUUCAACAGUGGAAAACAAGCGCAAUAUUGAGAAUGUAUGCAACACAGUUCAAUAUAACUGUCAGCGCUUUUGUAUUCCAAUGGAAGGAACUUUUUUAAAGAAAACAGAAUUAAGCGUGAAAGCUUUCAAAUAUUUCAUCUGUAAUACUAAAUUUAAUUCACAAUCUCUAUUGGCAGAUGAUACAGCAAAUGGUCAUUUAGUUGAUAUGCAUCCACCUUAUUCAGUUUAUUUAUUGAUUGAGAUAGUAUGGUAUUGCAAAUUUGAAGACAUCUUAGCAGAAUCUAUUUUACAUUUUCCAUUGGAUAUAUGUGUGGAAAUCUUAGAAGUUCUGCCAAGAUGUAUUGAUCUGCUAGACUUUGAGAGAGCAGCAAGGUUUCUAACAACUAUUAUUCCCAAUUCUUAUAAGAAACUUAUUAUUUUGAGGGAUACAGGAUGCCAAGUGCAGGAUGUUACCCAGAAAGCUUCCACAUUUUCAGCACAUGUAGUAGAGCUUAUUCUGCAGUUUAUGAAUACAAGAUUUCUCAAGUUCGAGGAUGUACCCAAAGAAGAAAAGUUCAAGCGACUAGGUAGGCUACUAAAAUCUAUUAUCCAAAUGGUCCGAUUGUGCCUUACCAUUAAAAUCAAAAAAGUUGAACAUCCAGUCGAAAUGGAGAAACUAUAUAAAUUGACUUUUGGCCAUGCUGAAUUUCAUAAAAUCAAUGAUGAACUGUUGCAAAAGCUUUUCUUAAACAUGGACUGCGAAUUAAUCAGUCUCUUAACAAAAAAGGUCAAAGAGAUUGACUGUAACAUUUACAUGGACUGGAUGGAGUACGAUGAUCAAGAAAACACAGGAAUGACUCUACAACGAGCAAUAGGAUUGGAAUCUUACUUAUUCAUAGAGCAUACAAAAGAUCAUGUAAGUCUAGAGUUGAAGGAUUACAACCAUUUAAUAGAAUAUCUUGGUCAAUUAGCUUCCAAACCAGAAAACGCCACCGAGAGCAUGCAGCUAGAAGAUUUAGCUUACGGAGUUGCAGAAGGUAAAAGAGAAUAUCUACUCGCCAUUUUUAAAAGGUACAAAGAAUGGAAUGAUUCCAUAGUCGACUCGGUCGACAGUCACAUCUCUUUAUUAACUAAAGACGAUUGUGAGCAUAUUUUCGAGUAUCUCAGCGAUGAGAUCGUCUCUCAAAUUUAUCCUGAAAAACUACAAACGUGCCUACUCUGUCUAUCAAAAGCUCUUAUUUUUCUUGAUAUUACGGAACUCUACGAGAUAACGGUGAAAUUUAUAGUGAAGUUUAAUGAUAACGACAACCUCGAGAACGUUAUUGAUAUCACAAACUUCGAGCGAUUCAUUAGUCUUAACCCCAACCUCUCUGCUUCGAAAAAUCUACGAGUCGUUUUAUUUUUCCUCUGUUUAAAACCGAAAGCCACGCUGAAGAUUCUUGUUAAGAUGGCAAUAGGUCACGUAGACUAUCCUGACGUUGCCAUAAGCAUCGACGAUCUCAUGCUUCUAGAACCAAUUAUGAAGAUUCAGACACAAAGUAGAUACGAUACACUGAUUGAUGUGUUGAGGUACAAGUGUUCAGAGACAGCGAAGCCAAUUUGGAAAAAUCCCUUCUAUACUCCGAAAAAGAACGUGGGCAAGCCAGCUAGUGUGUCUCUGGUAUUAAGAAUUCUACAAGACAUUUGCUUGGACGCUGCCGAGUGGAAUUACAACAAGUUCGGCUCUUUCAUGAAAGCUCUCUACACCUUCUGCAGUCCCACGGAAUUUAUUUGGGAAAUUUUCGUGCCUUUCUUGUUGUCCGAUCGUUGCACGAUAUACCAGUUGUAUUAUAUCCUCGUAGAAUUGCAGAAAUUCAUUAGUAAUUUCAAUACGAAAUAUCGUGUCACGGAAAUACCGAAAAUCGACGAUACUUCUAGUACAAAGCGCACUGAUUGCCACCUCCAAAAUAUCGAUAAAAACACAGCUUACAUCUUGAACAAUGCUUUAAUAGAACGUGGCAUUUGGCUAUUAAAUUCUGUAAAUAUAUCGAGGUACAUUGUUAGUGAUUGUCUUAGUAUUAUUCAAUCUUUAAUGGACCAUUUGAUUGAAACAUAUUACGUGUCGCAAUCCCAUCCGGUCAACUAUUAUUCUACAAUAAGCACCCCGAUAAGUUUUUUCAUUAUCAAUAAAGAUAUUGCCAACCAGCUUCACAGGAAAGGAGCCCAGCUCAAAGUUCUCUUUGACUCGAUGACAGUCGGCCAUAAAAAAAUGAUAUGCCCCUCUCCUACAAACAUAAACUACCCGAUGCGUCUAGUCAUCGAUGAUUUACUCAGGUUUAUAAUGACUAAGUGCUCAAAGAAAAAUUACCUUGAGUAUACUCGUGAGAUGAUCACCACCUGUAAUAUCACUUUAAGGCAGAGUACUUCGAAACACGAACGGUGUGAUUGGAUUGUUCGACUGACUUUCGAGACUUGCUUGUUGUGUUUGGAAUUUCCAAUGAUUGCUCCGGUCGAUAGCGUGAGUUUUCUACUCCAAUGUCUCAACUUAUUUUUAUCCAGUGUGAUCAACACGCAAAAAAAGCUAGAUCAAAAAUUGUGCGACAGUCUUGACAAACAUUUAGAGAUAAUCAAACCCGUCGCACCGUUCACCGUCAUUUCCGAUGCGUUCAACGAGCUCGUUUUAAAGUACGCGCAAUUGAAGAAUGAUUUGGCUGCGAAGAUCAAAGCUCUCGAAGUGUUCGCACUUAGCUGCACGGCGAAGAAUGACAAAUUGAAGAAUUACGAAGGGGUCCAUUCUCCGUUGGGUAUCAAACUGUAUUUGGCACACGGCAUUGUUACAAUGUCUAUGGAUGAAAAUCUCAGCCAUAAAGAGAAGUAUAUUGAAAAGCUCACCGAGUAUUUAAAAAAACCGGAAGAAACGUAAAAAGAUUGCUGAAAUCUAUUUUUAAUUUAUAUAUUUAUACUUAGUUUGAUAGAUUUAUUUUCACGAAUACAGCCACAAUCUAUUUAAGUAUAAAAUAAAGUUCU